AUGGCAAAGACCUUAAGAGGUCCAGCCUCAAGUAAGCAGAAAAAGGAAUCCCAGGCCCUGCCAGGAAUCCAAGUCUCCAAGGCUGUGGAGGAGGCCUCUCCUUCCAUUUGUCCUCUGAUGCCUGGCAACAUGGAGGAAGCUCUGGCUGCUGGAACAUCCACCACUCCCCUGGGUCCUCAGAGUGCCUACUCAUCUUAUACUGUCAUCACGGCCAUCUCACCAAGCAAAUCAGAUGAGGGCUCCAGCAGCCAAGAAAAGGAAGAUAGUUCAACUUCUUCAUCAAAGUCCCUGUCCGACAUCGAGAACUUCCCCAUAGACCUUGCAGGUGAGAAGGUGAUGAUGCUGGUGCAGUUCCUGCUGCAUAAGUGUCAAAUGAAAGAGCCCAUCACAAGGGCAGAUAUGAUUGAUGUUAUCCAAGAGUGCAAUGAUGACUUCCCCGAGAUCCUCAGGAAAGUCUUCAAGUGCAUGGAGCUGGUCUUUGGUGUUGCUAUGAAUGAGGUGGACCCCACCAGCCACAGUUAUGUCCUUUUCAACAAACUGGGCCUCACUUAUGACGCUAGGCUUGGUCAUGAGGACAGCAUGCCCAAGACCAGCCUCCUGAUAAUUGUCCUGGGCAUGAUCUUCAUGAAGGGCAAUUGUGCCACUGAGGAGGAGAUCUGGGAAGUGCUGAAUAUGAUGGACUUAUAUGCUGGGAGGAAGCACUUCAUCUUUGCGGAGCCCAGGAAGUUCAUCACCCAAGAUUUGGUGCAAGAAGAGUACGUGGAGUACCGCCAGGUGGCCAACAGUGAUCCUCCACGCUACAAGUUCCUGUGGGGCCCCAGAGCCCACGCUGAAGCCAGCAAGAUGAAAAUGCUGGAAUUUUUGACGAAGAUCCAUGAGUCCAACCCCAGGUGCUUCCCAUCCCAGUAUGAGGACGCUUUGAGAGAUCAAGCAGAGAGAGCCCGAGCCAGACCAGUAGCCAAGGAGGGUGCUAGUGCCAUGGGCAGCACCCAUUCUAGGCUUGUGAUUUGUGAACAUUCACAAACUUUCUAA